AUGAAUCGCGGCAUCCACGGCCGGAGGCAUCCGUUAUCUGAGGCGGCGAUGGAGCACGACGUCGAGCACGGUGGCGGCGGCGCGGGCGAAGCGUUCGAGGCGGCGGCGGCGGCGGAGCCGGAGCAGGAGGAGCUCAGCGACUCGGAGUCGGGCGCCGAGUCCAUCGAGAUCUCCGACCUCAAGCGCCGCAUGUGGAAGGACCAGAUGCUGCUCAACAAGCUGGAGGGCCGCGCGGGCGCCUUCCGGGCCGGGGCGGGGCCGCCGUCCAGGCCGCUCGCGCCGGACGGGCUGCUGGAGGAGGAGACCCCCGAGGUGCGGUGCCGCCGCAAGGCGAUGCUCCGGGCGCAGGACGGCGUCCUCCGCCACAUGCUCAAGAUGAUGGAGGCCUGCAACGCGCGCGGGUUCGUGUACGGCGUCAUCGACGAGGCCGGCGAGCCCAUGUCCGGCUCCUCCGACAGCCUCCGCGGCUGGUGGAAGGACAACGUCAGCUUCGACGGCGCCGGGCCCAUGGCCCUCACUGGCCCCGCCGGUGAGAGCCCGCUGGGGAUCGCGUCCUGCCUCCACCGCCUCCAGGACAUCCAGGACAGCACGCUCGGCUCCGUGCUCUCCGCGCUCAUCCAGCACUGCGAGCCCCCGCAGCGGAGCUUCCCGCUGGAGCGCGGCCUGGCGCCGCCCUGGUGGCCGACGGGGCACGAGGCCUGGUGGGGCUCCCAGGGCGAGGUCCAGGCGCACCAGGGCGUGCCGCCCUACCGCAAGCCGCACGACCUCAAGAAGGCCUGGAAGAUCAGCCUGCUCAGCGCGGUGAUGAAGCACAUGAGCCCGCGCUUCGACCAGAUGCGCAAGCUCGUGUGGCAGUCCAAGCGCCUGCAGCAGAAGAUGAGCGCCAAGGAGACGGAGACGUGGUCCAAGAUCAUAAAGCAGGAGGAGGUGCUCAGCCGCCGCCUCAAGAGCUCGCUGCAGAUCACGCCCCUCGACGGCGGCGACGACGACGGCGAGGAGGAGGAGGAGGACCGCGACGGCCGCGCGCACGACAAGCGCAAGCGCGAGCUAAUCAGCACAAGACACAACAGUAGUGGGAGCACCAGCAGCAGCGGAGUGAGCAGCGGGGAGCUGGCCUUCGUGCUGCCGCCGGAGCUGGCCGACCUCCUGGCGGAGGAUGAGAGCCUAGGGAGCCCGAUCGACGAGCUCGCGAAGCUCUACUGCUACAGCCACCACGCGCCUGCUGAUCAGGGCGGCGGCGGCCAUCUGGAGAACUGCGCCGUCGCGAUGGUGCCUCCCGGGGAGCUGGAGGACCUGAUCGGCGGCGUUGACGCCGUGCCGCCGGACGUGCUGUUCGACCUGAUCGGGAGCUGCUCGGGGUUGGAUGACGUGGUCCGCCUGAUGGGGGACUGAAUUGCCACGGUGGCGUGGCCCCCACGCGUCGCCACGCGACAGGCCAAGGUUGGGCGGGAAGGAAUGAGGUGGCGCGUUGCUGCAUGCCGAU